GGGGUAAUUUUUUUGACCUAUUCUUAUUUGGAGUUUUGACCUUCUUCUUGCUUAAUAGCCCUCACCGAUGGCGUCAACUCUGUAUCAUUGAAAUGGGUUUCUGGGAGAUGGAGAUGACACAAGAUCAGAAAAGGACAGCUGACACUUUAGUUUUAUCAGCCGUAUCCGUCCACCUGGUGGGACAAGACGUUUCUGAUGCGAACUUCCUAUUAGCCUUAUGUCGUAUCUAUCCACCUGCUAAGACAACAAUUGUCUGUGUACUUCCUAUUCCUGAUUUCCUCUCUCUCUCUCUCUCUCUCUCACUGACGCUAUUUAUUGGCAUCUCUACAAGAUCACUGCAAUCACUGCCAUUUGCCAAUCCAAGAAGAAUAUACAAUACCCAGUAUCCAGUAUAGUCCUAUGGCUGACCAGUUAAUGGAUGGGUUGAGGUUUGAGCAGAGGCACGGGAAGCAGAGGGUUAGGGUGGGUCGGGUUUGGAGGAACCCAGAUGGGCGCCACUUCUUUGUCGAAUGGAGCGUUGGCAUCAGCCUCUUCUCCGACUGUGUCGCCGCCUACACCCGCGACGACAAUUCCGACAUCGUCGCCACCGAUACCAUGAAGAACACUGUAUAUGUCAAAGCGAAGGAAUGUUCAGAACAACUUUCAGUGGAGGAGUUUGCAAUUGAACUUGCAAAGCACUUCACAUCAUUUUAUCAGCAGGUUACUGCUGCGAUAAUCAAGAUAGUGGAGAAGCCAUGGGAGCGUGUUGUCAUAGAUGGUCAACUGCAUGAUCAUGGUUUUAAACUUGGAUCUGAGAAGCAUACAACAGAAGUUAUGGUAAAGAAAUCUGGUGCUUUAUGGGUGACUUCUGGUAUUGAAGGAUUAGCUUUGCUAAAGACAACCAAGUCAGGUUUUGAAGGAUUCAUCAGGGAUAAUUACACAAUUUUACCUGAAACACAAGAGAGGAUGCUGGCAACAGAGGUCACUGCAUCAUGGAGAUACGCUUUUGAAUCUCUUUCAAACAUCCCUCAAAACCCACUUUACUUCUCCGAGCAAUACUCAAACAUGAAGAAGGUUUUGGUUGACACGUUCUUUGGUGCUCCGAAAGAGGGAGUCUACAGUCCAUCCGUUCAAAGCACUUUGUAUCAGAUGGCAAAGGCUGUUCUUAGCAGGUGCCCACAUGUAUCAUCGAUCCAACUAAAAAUGCCAAAUCUCCAUUUCCUACCUGUUAAUCUCUCAAGCAAGGAUAAUCCUACUAUUGUAAAGUUCAAGGAUGAUGUGUAUUUGCCAACUGAUGAACCACAUGGAUCAAUUGAAGCUAGCUUGAGCCGCUUCCAGUCAAAAAUGUAGUAGCAGUUGUCUUGUACAUUAAAAAGAUUCUGCCAAAAUACAGCCUGGUCCAUCCCUGACUUUUAAUGUUUUUUUAGCUGCAAUUGUGUAUUUUCCUCUUCAUGGUUUAUAAAUGUUGCCGAAAAUAAAAGGCUGUAAUUUAAACUGUAAAAUGCAAUGGGUCAUUGUUUUAAGACUCGCAAACAGUUUUUUUUUAUCCAUAGGCUAUAUGUUCUUUGAGUCC